CUGAGAGGGGGAUGUCGGUUAUACCGGGGGGGAAGUUGCUGUAAGCGGGUCUGAGUACGGGGGUGGGCGAAACCGGGGACAGCUGACCGAUGACGGAAAGCGGAAGAGGACCUCCACCUGUCGUGGUUGGUGGGGCAUGAAAUACGAUGGAUGGAGAGAUGGCAUUAAAAGAAGAAUACGGCAAUGAGAACAGAAUGCAUUUCCAGGAUUUUUUUGCUUCUCCUGCAAAAAGUGAUGCAAGCUCAGUUGAUAUAUAUGAUGGAUUGGACAUGGGAACGUCAACAGAUCAAGUAGCUGAAACGGGCAGUCCUUCAAGAAACUGUUUGGACCUUUAUGAAGAACUAUUAACAGAGGAGGGAACUGCUAAAGAAGCUUCAUUCAAUGAUCUAUCUGCUGAAUAUGAGAAUUGCCAGAAACAAAUGAAACUAUUGAUUGCAAAGAUGAAGGAAAUGCAGUCUUUGAACUCCAGCUUGCAAAAUGAAAAUCAGUGCUUAAAAAAGAAUAUUUCUGCUCUUAUUAAAACUGCAAGGGUUGAAAUUACACGUAAAGAAGAAGAGAUCAACAGACUGAAUCAGAGGCCGAGUGGUCCAGGCAGGAACCACAGUUUCAAACUCAAUCCACUACCUUUGCGUACAGUGAAAACAAAAUCUAAUAAUGAUGACCACUCAAACAACAUAAGAUACACAGAAACGUUGCCAAAAAAAGCCAUCACUUCGCAAUCUAAAGACCUCACAAGUCGCAAUUCUAAAAAUCAUUCUGAGAAGACGACUUGUAUGGAAAGUAGCCAAACAAGUACACCAAAAAAUCCUAUUGCUAAAGAGUCCAAGGAGAGCCCAGUAUACCAUUCACAGGAAAGAAGCUUGGAAUCUCCAAGGUUGGAAGUAAAUGAUAAGAAUAGCAAAGAAGUGGACUUGGAUAGCCAGACUAUGGACACUGAGAGAAGUCAGACAAAGGAAAGACCCAGAUGUAGCUUUUCCAAUUCAGUAAAUGAAAGGUCUGAUCUCAAAGAAAAGACCCACAUGUCAUCACCAAAAUGUGGGGAAAAUGAAUCCUCUCAGGAGAAUAGAAAUUUAAAGACAGAGGUUGGCUGUGGGGCAGAAAACCACAAAUACCAUUCAAGCUCCACUAAAGAAAAGACUCAGGUGAAAGAUCUGGAAUACUCUAAAGAAAAGCAAGUAAAAAAGCAUGAAAGAUCACCACACAGAAGGGAGUCUAGAGCACAUGAAAAAGAAAAAAAUACAGAAUCUAGACACAGAACUGACAAAAAUGAGGAACCUCGAAGGUCAAAAAGAACACCUUUUUCAAAGGAUAAUAGUGCCCAAAAGAUUUCAGAGCUGAGCGAGGGCAAAAGAAGCAGCGAUGUUUCAAGAAAGGAUAAUAGUGCCCAAAAGAUUUCAGAGCUAAGCGAUGGCAAAAGAAGCAGUGAUGCUUCAAGAAAGGAUAAUAGUGCCCAAAAUAUUUCAGAGCUGAACGAGGGCAAAAGAAGAAGUGAUGCUUCAAGAAAGGAUAAUAGUGCUCAAAAGAUUUCAGAGCUGAAUGAGGGCAAAAGAAGCAGUGAUGCUUCAAGAAAGGAUAAUAGUGCUCAAAAGAUUUCAGAACUGAGCGAGGGCAAAAGAAGCAGUGAUGCUUCAAGAAAGGAUAAUAGUGCCCAAAAGAUUUCAGAGCUGAGCGAUGGCAAAAGAAGCAGUGAUGCUUCAAUAAAGGAUAAUAGUGCCCAAAAGAUUUCAGAGCUGAGCGAUGGCAAAAGAAGCAGUGAUGCUUCAAGAAAGGAUAAUAGUGCCCAAAAGAUUUCAGAGCUGAACGAGGGCAAAAGAAGCAGUGAUGCUUCAAGAAAGGAUAAUAGUGCCCAAAAGAUUUCAGAGCUGAGCGAUGGUAAAAGAAGCAGUGAUGCUUCAAGAAAGGAUAAUAGUGCCCAAAAGAUUUCAGAGCUGAGCGAUGGUAAAAGAAGCAGUGAUGCUUCAAGAAAGGAUAAUAGUGCCCAAAAGAUUUCAGAGCUGAGCGAGGGCAAAAAAAGCAGUGAUGCUUCAAGAAAGGAUAAUAGUGCCCAAAAGAUUUCAGAGCUGAGCGAGGGCAAAAAAAGCAGUGAUGCUUCAAGAAAGGAUAAUAGUGCCCAAAAGAUUUCAGAGCUGAGCGAUGGCAAAAGAAGCAGUGAUGCUUCAAAAAAGGAUAAUAGUGCCCAAAAUAUUUCAGAGCUGAGCUAUGGCAAAAGAAGCAGUGAUGCUUCAAGAAAGGAUAAGCGUUCUUCAGAGUACGAGUCCAAACAUGAAAACAAAGACUCAAAACCAAGUAAGUCUGAAAAUUCAACAAGAAAUAUACCCAAUAGUGAAAAUAAAACUGAAAGAUCUGAUCGUGAUAGAAGAGAUGAAAAGAAAAGAUCUAGAGAUGAACAAGCUAGAAGUAGAAAUGAUCGAAAGGAUAAAGGGCACCGAACGAAAGAUAAAGACAUGCAUCUGUCUCCAAGCAAAGAUAAAGGCUUGCAUUCUAAAAUAAGUGACAAGGACAAAAGUAGAGAAAAAGCUAAAGAGGACAGCAUUCAGAAAGACUUGAAACUGUCAUUUAUGGAAACCCUUAAUUUAACACUUUCUCCUGCUAAAAAAAACUCUGACACACAGCAAGUUGUCUCCGGUGCAUCCAGUAUGGAAUGUGAGAUGGAGGGGAAAGUAGCUGAAGGCUCUUCCCAGCUAUGUGUGAUUGAAGACAGUGCCGACUCUCUACAUCCUGAAAAGACAGAUUUGAAACCCAGUGAACAUGUUUCAAUGGAUAACAACACAACCAAAGAAGACACCAGUCUAGUGUCUCAAUUUGGACCUGUUGUAGACCAGAUAAUGUGUUUAAAUGAGCAGCAACCAAGUUCCACUGUUGAGGAGAACAGCGAGUUAAUGGCAGAAUUAACACUAGACGAUAGACAGGUUGGGUCUACUGUUCUAGAUACAGUGAGCGCUGAAGUGAAGGACACACACUGUCUUGUAGAUGAUUCAGAAAUUUUUGAUCUUGAUUCAUUCAUAGAAAUUGACAGAUGCAGUGGUAGUCCUUCUUCUGACACUCCUAAUGUGUCUGUGCUUGCUGAACAGAGUGAAGACGACGACAGUGUCUUGGAUCAAAGUGAAGGUGCAGACAACAAAGCCAUUAAACUGAAAUCAAAUCUAGCUGAAACCCCAAAAGGUAUAUGUGAAACGCCACGUAAUGACUUUAUAAAUGUAAUCUCAAAAGGACGUGAGAAUAAGCCAUGUUUCCAUGAUGAAGGCUCUAUCGACUUAAACGCUCUAAGAUAUAUUCCAAAAGUCCUCAGCCCGCUGAAAAGCCCAGUCCGGCCUAAAGCUCAGCAUACACUUGAGCGCACAGCUAAGGCUUCUGUAGUGAGCGUUUUAUAUAAAGAAUCACUACCAGAGACAAACGCCAAACCUACCUGUUUGUUAGUAUCUGAAGAUUUAAACAAAGAAAAUUGUCAUCCAGAUAAUACGUCAGACUUUGGCAGUAAAAUUCCUGCAGCGACCUCUACUGAUGAAGUUGAAGAGGGGGAGAUAGUCAGCGAAGAUGAACAAUUUUGUAAGCAAACAAUCCAGUCCAAAAGUAGCCCUGACCAAGUGACAAGUGUGAAUAAAAGUCAGUCUGGUCAGGAUAGUGAACUACUGAUUUUGCCCAAGCCAGAAACACUGACUACAGCACAAAAAACAUCUACUAAAAGUAAAACUAAAAUUGACAAACAAGCAGCAUUGUCAACUAGUAAACAAAAAAAAGUAAGUGUAGAUUCUUUCUUUGAUGGGAUUUUAAAAAUUGUUACUCCAUCAAGUAUACAAGAUGUUCUACAGAUGUUACGUAUUAUAAGGAAACAUAUAAGAAGACAAUACAUGAAAUUUAAGAUUCAGUUUUCACUUAAUCAGUUCAAUCUAGUAAUUGAAAGAGCAGCGUUAUAUUUUGUUAGUCUGGUAAGAAGUCUAGACUGGUCCAGCUUGUGUUCCUUACCAGAAAGAUUGCAAAAACAACUUUGUAAGCACAUUGAGACCAGACUGAAAAUGUUGAAAAAGAAUGGGAUUGUAGACAGAAUUUUUCACAAACAUCUUAUUGAUAUGAAGAAAAGACUGUGGAAAUUCGUAGAUGAGCAGCUUGAUUCUUUGUUUGACAUCCUUAAAGCAGUGCUUUUAAAACUUUGUGAUAAGGCUGAAGCUGAAAAAAAUAUAGUAUCUUGUACAAACGCCCAAAAAUCUGAUCCUGUGGAAAAUUCUCGAAAUAAGAGAUGCAAAAAUAUGGUUAAGGUAUGUUUGCCUUCAUCAGGAUCAAUGCCUUGUCUAAGGCGACUUGAGUUUCACAAUCAAGCAACAGUAACAAAUCAAAAUAAUGAAAACACUGUGCUGCAAAAGGAACUUGUAAAGGAGUUAACAGGAAUUGGUUUUAACUCUGAGACUGUUGAUAUUCCUUCUAGUAACGUCAGCUCAACAUCAGAGCCUCCCCAUGUUUCACCCUCCAAGUCUUCUGCAUCUAAUGCACCGUGUCCCAAAAGUCAACUAAAUUCUUCAGGUCUGUCUUUUAAUUUGGUGAGUGAUGAUCACAUGGGGGACGUUUUUAAGAGUUUGCUUCACAGCUCAGAUAAUUUGCCAUCUAACACAGAAGAUGAGUGGAUAUUAGAAACUCCAAAAAAAACUGCGUCAUCAAGUAAGAAAUUUGAGAAUGUGGAUUCACUGUCUGAAAAUAAAACGCCAACAAAAUCGGCUUUUUCCUGGUCUUCCAUCUCUCCUCCACAUAUGCACACUUUUUCUAGACUUGACACCAUACUAAACCCUGAUGUCUUUGAUGAAAACUGCCUGCUAGAGGUUCCUACCAGUUCCUCUUCCAGCAAGACCUUUAAUGGCUCUGAGGAUCGACUGAAAUCCUAUUCUUCAGUUCUUAUGGAGGAUCUUGCAGUAUCUUUAACUCUUCCAUCACCUCUGAAAUCAGAUUCACAUCUCAGUUUUCUUAGACCAUGUUGUGAUACAGAGCCCAUGUCAAAACUUGAUGUAAAAUACUGUGAUGGUUCAUUUUUGGAUGAACUGACUAAUGAAGACGCAACUGAACAAGACAUACAUUUAACUUUGGAUUCUGAAGACUCAAGCACUGGAUCUUCAGAAGAUACAGGUCAAUCGGGCAGCUUUCAGUACCAUCCAAGUGAACCCAUGCAGGCAGUUAUAAUGGAAAAAUCGAAUGACCAUUUUAUUGUUAAAAUAAGGCGUGCUGUGUCUUCUAGCUCUCCAGUUUGUGACUCCUCAUCUGAAGGGACUGAUAAUACUGCCCAAGAAUCUUUACAAACUGUCAACGGUAAUAAACAUGAAAUGGAAACUAGACUGGACACAAUGUCGGAAGCACAUAAUGGCAGCAUACAGCUCCAUCCAAAUCCCUUACAUUUAACUAAUCUCGCAGACCAUUAUUUAAUUGAUUUAAUGAGACCUGAUGAAGUCUCAGUCCCAGACGAAUCUGUAUUUAAAUUGCCUACUAGUAGAAGCCACCUAGAGUCCCCAGCUGCAAUGAAGAGAACAGCAAAUUAUAUUGUAGAACAUUCUGAGAAGAGUGUUACAAGCUGUAUAGAAGAAACCUGCAAUGCAGAAGUGCCUGCUGACAUAUUACCUAAAAAAACUUCUUCUGAUGCCGGCACUGUGGAUUUAAAUUUGAAGAAGAAAAGGAAAUCGCUAGAUGAGGAGCCAUCAGCCAAACGUAAAAAAACUUUGCCUCCGGAUGAGGAUAAAAGUACCAAGCAUUAUAAAACUGAAGGCUUACAUCUAGAGAAGGCCGAUAAAAAGAGACACACAAGAGCUGUUAGUGAUGGGGCUAUAAACUUCCAUUCCUCCAAAGUCUCUCCAACCAACUUGUCUGCGAAGAACGUCAUCAAAAAGAAAGGAGAAGUAGUCAUUUCUUGGACAAGAGAUGAAGACCGUACUAUUCUCCUAGAGUGUCAAAGGCUUGGGCCGACUAAAAAGACAUUUCUCUUCUUAUCUUCAAGUAUGCAUAAGUAUCCACAUCAGGUGGAAGAACGGUUCCGACAGUUAAUGAAGCUCUUCAAGAAAAGCAGAAAUUCCAGCAGCUGAAAAUGCUCCUGUUCAUGUGCCUCCAGUGUUUGACACAAAGAAGAGACUAAAUGUUGGCUGAUGACAAUCGGAACAUGUUUCUGAUUUUUGUAAAUAUCGUAAGAUAUGUAUUCUAGGAAACUCCUUGAACAGAAGCUGUGUAGGGAUUCGGACAGCUUCAGAUCCAUUUCCAGCAUCCACAUUAUGUUGCACUUGUGUCUAUCUGUAUGUAUGAAUAACUUUGCAGGUAAUUAAUCAGUUUAGUUGACAAACUGGUCAUUAUUUGGCAUUAGUAAAGUUGUAAUAUUUGUAACUAAUAAUUGGUUGCUUAGAUGUUAAAGGGAACCUGACACCUCUACUAUGCUGCUCGUGCAUGUAGUGUCAGACCUGCUGAUUUUACAGUACUGACGGUGAGAUCUUCGCAGCACGGGCCUACGCUGCAAGGAAGAUGAGACUUGUGGCCCUACCCUCCCCGCCUCCUGAGCAUGACUGGCAGGUUUCUUUAAUGUUGCUCAUAGGAAAGAAACCUGCCCGUUAUGGAGAGAGCAGGGCCACGCGUCUCUAUUGGCACACAAUGUGAGGGUCACCCUAUCGGUACUGAAUACGAGCCCGGAAAUGACAGCCUGCUGAAAUGGGCAAGUUUGUCACUGUAUUAUGCUGUCACUAUAUCUUGCUAGUAUCAACUGCAGUAAAGGCAAGAUGUCUUGUAUUAGUUGUAACAAAGUAAGUUUACUGCAUCAGAACCAUUUUUUUUUUUUUUUUUUUUUUUUAAAGCUGCAGUUUCUGGAGCCAAGGCAAGAAGUGGAUCCCGCAGGAUGGAGCAGUAUCCAUCCUUCCUUUAUAUUUCAUUUGAAUCCACGUCAGGUUGUGCCUCAAAAACUGCAGUCCCCGUCCCCCCCCCCCCCCC